AUGGCCAAAGCAGAGGCAUCUUUUAAAAAUGAGGAUGAACUGAAAAUUACAUAAAGACUAUCAAAUCAGCCAAAGAAAAGAAACAGAUCAAAGAGAGCAUCAUGAGAGAUUAUCCAGAAGUCCUUAUCGCUGAUUACAUGGGACCUGAAGAGAGCAAGGUCCUGUGCAACCUUUUAUUCUUUACAAAACAUCCUACAGCAUGGCACACCACUCUCUGCAAUGCCAUGCAAUGUGUGAAGAAAGGAGGCAUCAGCAGAGGAAGGCAGAUAAUACUGGAAGAGGAAAAGGGGAUCAAGCUGACAGUUAACCUGUAUCACAAUGGGACUAUAAUGGUGCAGGGAACUGAAGCCAGUUUUAACCAUUUUCAGAGUUUAUUUAAACAAUUUAAAUGUGACACCCUGAAUUGUAAAAGAGAUCUGGAGGUGAGGGUUACAGUAGCAUCACCAGUUGUGACAGACUCUAAAAAUGAACUCAAAGGCCCAACCAUCUACACAUCUGGUGAUACAGGUCCUAAGAUCGCUUCCACCCCCAACUCCAAGGGACUAAGAGACACCUUGGCUGAACUGGAACAGGACUAUACCUUAUUCAAAGAGGAGACCACACACACACAUGGACAACAAGAGACCAGGCCUGGAAAUCAGAGAAAAAACAACAUCUUAAUUUUGUGUGACUCAAAUGGAAAUCAUCUGGACCAAAGACGUCCCACGACGAAAUGUAAAAAAACUAUGGUGUCUUACCACAAAUGCAGUAAGAGACAUACUGCUAAAAGGCACUCUACACAACCCAUCCCACAUAAUCAUCCACACAGGGACAAAUGACCUCAAGUCAAGGGAGAUCGAUGUAGCCGACGCAUUAAUUAACAUCAUCAAGAUGACAACAGAAAUGUACCCAAAUGCCAAAGUAAUCCUCUCAUCUCUGCUGCCUAGGCGCGACAUACCAAAUAGGAUCACAGACAAAAUCAACAACAAAGUCAUGUCCUCCUGUGUUCAAAUACCAAAUGUUCAGAUUGUACAUCACAAAGACAUUGACAUCAAACAUCUUUAUGACAAUGUACACAUACACAAGGAGGGCAUGAAGCUCUUUGCUACAACCAUCAAAGACACUACAUUGAAUAGGCAAAGACCCCUAAAUCUGGAGGGAAGUAAGGUCAGCAGAGAUGGACAAUGUUCAGAGCGGACGCAUAGGCCUACCUAAGCAGCUGCUUUAUCAAAAGGAGGAGCCCAACAGCAAGGCAGAGGCGCGGUACAACAACGCCCAUAGCCGGACCCGCGUUGUUGUGGAGAGGCCCCUGGGCAUGUGGAAAGCAAUCGAGACCCAGAGCACUAGUUCGGAGGAGCUGGUCCCGAGCCCCCCCUCCCCCCUGGCGCCCCCCCGGGUCUACAAACCCUGCUUCGUCUGCCAGGACAAGUCCUCAGGCUACCACUAUGGAGUCAGCGCAUGCGAGGGAUGCAAGGGGUUCUUCCGACGGAGUAUCCAGAAGAACAUGGUGUACACGUGUCACCGGGAGAAGAACUGCAUCAUCAACAAAGUGACCAGGAACCGCUGCCAGUACUGCCGACUGCAGAAGUGCUUCGGCGUGGGCAUGUCCAAGGAGUCCGUGAGGAAUGACCGCAAUAAGAAGAAGAAGGAGAGUCCCAAGCAGGAGCAGGUGGAGACAUACCAGCUGACCGCUGACCUGGAGGCCCUCAUAGAGAGGAUACGCAAGGCCCACCAGGAGACCUUCCCCUCACUCUGCCAACUGGGCAAGUACACCACGAACUCCAGUGCUGACCACCGUGUGCGUUUGGAUCUGGGGUUGUGGGACAAGUUCAGCGAGCUGGCCACCAAGUGCAUUAUCAAGAUCGUGGAGUUUGCCAAGCGCGUGCCCGGCUUCACCGGCCUCACCAUCGCUGACCAGAUUACACUCCUCAAAGCAGCCUGCCUCGACAUCCUGAUUCUGCGGAUCUGCACCCGCUACACGCCGGCUCAGGACACCAUGACGUUCUCAGAUGGCCUGACGCUGAACCGCACGCAGAUGCACAAUGCCGGCUUCGGCCCGCUCACGGACCUGGUCUUCACCUUCGCCAACCAGCUGCUGCCCAUCGAGAUGGACGACACAGAGACCGGGCUCCUCAGCGCCAUCUGCCUCAUCUCCGGAGAUCGGCAGGACCUGGAGGAGCCCUCAAAGGUGGACGAGCUGCAGGAGCCGCUGCUGGAGGCGCUGAAGAUCUACGUGAGGAAGAGGAGGCCCAGCAAGCCGCACAUGUUCCCCAAGACCCUGAUGAAGAUCACCGACCUGCGCAGCAUCAGCGCCAAAGGUGCGGAGCGGGUCAUCUCCCUGAAGAUGGAGAUCCCGGGCUCUAUGCCCCCCCUCAUCCAGGAGAUGCUGGAGAACUCCGAGGGCCCAGACGGCCAGUCCCAGGCGGGAGGGGGGGGCAGUGAGGGGCGAGGGGACGACAGUGGCAGCGGGGACGACUCUGAUGCCCCCCCAGAGCCAAAACCUGCCCCACCCUCCCCUGAGCCCACCUCAGAGGACGGCCAGGACGAUGAACCCUAGAACCCCGUCCAAACACACACACACACACACACAGUCUCUCUCUUACACACACACACACACACACACUCUCAUUCUCUUUCCUUUCUUUCUCUGUGCACACUAUCGUCA